GGGUUUUGAAAGAGGAUAUGCCGACGAAGCCUAUAUUGUGUAGGAAGAAUGCGCCUGUCAACCGAGUCGAGUAGUCGUCAACAUUCAUGGAUCACCGGGUGAUCUGCCGGCUUGCUUUUUGGGGUAACCAGACUGCAUACUCGGUGUUUGUGGAGAGAUGGAAAUUCUGGAAAUUCGGUAGUUUCGGUAGCCAGUCAUAACGGUCAAUUGUUGUUAUUGUUAGAAGAAGGUGGGCAUAAUCAUCACAACUCAAGACUUGAUUCUGGGAACAGACUGCCGUCAGCGCCAAGACACCGCCAAGGCUCGCGAUAAAUAAGGCCAGGCCCGCUCUUUCCCCCUGAUCUUUUCUUUCGAUUAUUCCCCGGGCUUUGUCCGUCCAGACAACUCCUCCCCUACUUCGCAUUCCUCCAGGCUUAACUGCCUUGCGCCUUGAAUCAGCUGCUGAUUCCUGAAAUACAUGCACCGUAUUAACUCGUGGGCGAAAGCUCACGCCUCUUCUCGCGGCCUGCCCAACCAACCCUCCACCCUCCCCCAGGCCACGAGCCAAAUCCCCGAAGUCGAUCCGCCCGCGGAGUCUUCUUCCACCGUCAAAGAUGAUCAAGUGAUCGCACCACCCGGGGGCCCUGUCCCGAUGGCAGGGCCCGCAGAGGAUGAGAAAUCUCAAAAAUCGGGCCUCAUUACCCGCAUGCGCAACGGGACAGGCCGGUUCUACAACCACACCAAGGAUGCCCUCUGCCACAGCUGGGUCAACGUCCUGCUGAUCUUCGUACCUGCGGGUAUUGCUGUCGAAGCGGCCGGCCUCAACCCAGCCGUGGUCUUCGCGAUGAACUCUGUGGCGAUCAUCCCUCUGGCGGGUCUGCUUAGCCAUGCUACCGAGAGUGUGGCUAGCCGUCUCGGCGAUACGAUGGGUGCACUGAUCAACGUCUCGUUCGGUAACGCCGUCGAGCUGAUCAUUUUCAUCAUUGCUCUCGUCAAGAAUGAAAUUCGUAUUGUCCAGGCUUCUCUGCUAGGUUCUAUCCUGGCAAACCUGCUCCUGAUUCUGGGUAUGGCGUUCCUGCUAGGUGGCCUGCGAUUCCAGGAACAGAUCUACAACAGCACCGUCACUCAGAUGAGUGCCUGUAUGCUCAGUCUGGCCGUGACCAGUCUUCUUCUACCCACUGCUUUCCAUGCUUCGUUCUCGGACUCGGCGGAAGCCGAUCGUCGAACUCUCAAGGUCAGCCGUGGCACUAGUGUGGUUCUCUUGCUGGUGUACGUCUUGUACAUCCUCUUCCAGCUGAGGACCCACUCCUACCUCUAUGCCAGUAUCCCGCAACGCAUUAUUGAUGAGGAGUCGCAUCCCGGUGUCCUGGCCGAUUUCAUGAACAGCUCUUCCGAUUCCUCGAGCAGCUCUAGUGACGAAUCUGUCGACACCACGAGCUCCUGGACCACUGCUAAGCGCAUCAAGAGGGCUAUGAAGAGUCGUCGCCGUCGAAAGUCCAGUACCAGCUCCAAGGGAACCACCUCACUUCAGUCCGUCCAGAAGAAGAUCAUGACCGACGAGAACUCGGCCUCCAUUGGCAACUCGAUCGCCAGUAACGAGGCCAAUUCUUGUGCUGUUGACGUCGGUGACGAGAUCCGUUAUGAUGCCGAUGAUGAUGCCGGCCAGGCCUCCGAGUUCCGUUCGCGUGACUUUGGUCUCGCCAUGAACCGCAUGGAAAGUGCUCGUAGUGAGAAGGAGCGCAAGCGCGAACGCAAGAAGCGCAGAGAGCAGAGAGCGGAAAAGGCUCGCAGCCAGCCUUCUAAAGAAACAGAGCAAGCACAGGCUGCCCGACCUCCCAUGAAGGUGUUCGCCUCGACCCCUAACGUUACUGGCACGCCAGGCGCUGGAGAAACGGAGCAGCGGAAACGCUCACCCUUCGGCCCUAUCCCUUCUCUUUUGUCCAAUACGGUUUUCAGUUCCCAGACACCCGGUCAAUCUCCUCAGCUGGCAGCUGCGGCCUCACGCCCUGGGCUCUCCCGAAGUAACUCAUUACCCGCUCGCGUCAAUCGUCAACCGCACGUUGGCAACGCCGUUCAAUUUGCCCGUGGUGCUGCUCGCGUGGCUGGCCCCACCGAUCCAGUCGCACCAGAGACUGCCGUCGUGGAGACUGAACCGGAGAUGUCGCGUACCGCCGCCGUGGUCAUGCUCCUCCUGUCUACCGGUCUGGUUGCCGUCUGUGCCGAGUUCCUUGUUGACGCCAUCCCCGAAAUGGUUGCCAACUCUUCCGUCAGUGAAGCGUUCAUCGGUCUAAUCAUCCUGCCUAUUGUCGGUAAUGCGGCUGAGCACGUUACGGCCGUUAGUGUGGCCAUGAAGAACAAGAUGGAUCUUUCAAUAGGUGUUUCCGUUGGAAGUAGUAUUCAGAUCGCCAUCUUCGUCACUCCUCUCGUCGUCAUCCUGGGCUGGUGUAUGGACAAGGACAUGUCCUUGUACUUUACCUUGUUCGAGACCAUUUGUCUUUUUGUUACCGCCUUCGUGGUAAACUUCUUGGUCCUGGAUGGCCGAAGUAACUAUCUCGAGGGAGCACUUCUGCUUGCCGCCUAUAUCAUCAUUGCUUUGGCGGCUUUCUUUUACCCGGGCAGCGACGAGACCAGCAACCUGGCCGGCUCUUAAGCUUGUAAUUCAUGUUCGCUUGAUACGGCUGGCCUCUGCUGCGUGAGGCUACAUUGGGCGUAUUUCGCGAUGCAGAGCCCACGACUUUGAAUACACCGACAUUGCCCGAUGUAUUCCGAUCCUGAACAAGGAUUUCGUCUCGUCGAGGUAUUGUCGGUGACUGCCGUGCUGUUACUUAUGAACUUUCUCUUAUUCGAUGUAAUCCGUUCCAGACUGGAGACAUUUAUUUCCUACGUCCGCAAUCUAUUACUUACUACCUGGGGCUAUCUGCUUCACUACCUUCAAUGAUUGACCACUUCUGUUUCCUUGUAAUCCGAUUUGACCAUUCAGGUCUC